AUGUCUCGGACGUCUCUUGACUCGAUCCGCAGCGCAGCAAAGCACAGCCCGCAUCUUGCGCUGAGAUGCGAAGGUGAGGACGGCCGAGAGUCGGGACGCAGUGGUCGAGGCGCCAGACAACAAUCCGACGGCGAAGGGUCUGGCUCGAAACAAGAGGAAAGAGGAGUUGCACGGGUAGAGAGGCAGCGAUCUAACGCGGGGCUGCAGGGAUGCACUCAAUGCCCUGCUCUAUAUAUAGAUAGCGCAGGCUGGUGGAUAGCAGGUGGGACGCCCGAAUUUUGCUGGAGCGAGACAAAAGAAGAGGGUCAACAGCGUAAACAGCACGCAGCUGGCCUACGCCAUCAGUUACUGUCCACAUGUCUCUCACACGGACCACCUCGUUCAUGCGAGCCGGCGCGGCGCAUUCCAAUCAUCACGAAUCACGAAUCAGUGGCCGUCAAUGUCUCUGUCUCUCGCGAGAAGGCCAAGGCCGACGACAUUAUUGUCAUCUGCAUCUACUCCUCGCAGGGGCAUGCUAUCGUGCCCACUGCUCAUCAGCACAACCUCCGUCUUGUGAGAACGCACUCACUCGCACUGUUGUCUCCAACCUACCACAAACGCCUUGGAUCCACCGGUUGCGCCGCACUCGCAGACAGCAACGUCACCGUUUCAUCUUAUUCCAUCGCUAUGAGAGGCAAGGUCCGGUAUGCAUGGAGCCCGGCCGGAAUACCGUCUCGUCCGUUCUGCCCACCAUCGAGAUCGACAAUAGUCCACACUUAUGACUCUGUGCCUCGUCCGCUGAUUAUUCUAGCGCGGCUGAAACAACAUUCUCCCUCCAUCGACAGCACAGCUCACGCCCUGGAAAGCUAA